GUCAACACACACCGAAUACCGAUCGGCGCACACAAAGAUUACCUUGAAAUUUAUCAAAAAAAGAUCCCCACAUUACGUGCAUUGUGAAAUUGUUGUUGUAAUUUAUCCAUAAAUUAUCUUCCCUUUAAGGAGGUAAAUAUAUUUGCUAUAUCUGCCGUAGCCAAAGCGCCGAGUCGUACGAUACCGCCAAAUUACAAUGGGUCAGUCGGUCAGUUUGAUGCCGCACGUAGCCGCCUCGACGGUAGACACAGCCAGCACACCAGCGACCACCAAAGAAAAGCCCAAGUGCAAAGCGUGCUGUGCCUGUCCCGAGACGAAAAGGGCCCGCGAUGCGUGCAUAAUGGAGAACGGGGAGGAAAAGUGCUCCGAGCUGAUAGAGAAACAUAAACAGUGCAUGCGGGACAUGGGCUUCAAUAUUUAAUCUUAACGCGUAGCGGUUAAACACUAACAUCAUACAGCGUUGUUUGAUGAGUUUUUCGGGUCUUAAUUCUAGUACUUCAUAUGUAUUGUAGCGCGUAAUUGCAGUAGACUGCAAUGCCGGCAGUAAUAAGGCAACCACCGUAGGGUCAGACGAGCAGAGCUAAAUAGUCAGACAAGGAAUGGCGUGAAUUAAUAAAUGUGAAUGUUUAAAAAUAAACUA